AUGCCAUGGUUGGAAUUUGAACCAACAACCCUAGUACUACCAGGUGGAAGUGCUAACCCAUUAGAUCAUGCAGUAACCAGGGGCGGACUGACAACUCAUGGGCCCCCCGGGCAAUAGGGGAUCAUGGGGCCCCUGUGUCCUUGCCCAAACUCAAAAAAGCCUAUGAAAAAGGUACCAGGGGCAUCUCAUGGGGCCCCCUACUGACCCCGGGCCCUUGGGCAGUGCCCGAGUUUCCAAAUGGUCAGUCCGCCCCUG